AUAUAUACACCUAACUCUACCCACCCACCUCAGUCUUUCUCUGUUACGUACGAAACCCACUUCAGUUUGCUGACAUUUUUGGCCACCCUUCAAAUCUCAAGCAAGCUAUGACUCUCAGCAGUAUUCCGUUGGUUGCUUCGGAUCUUCAAAUCAGCUAUGGAACAGGAAGAAAUUCAACACUUAUCUGUGCACCGGUAAUGGGGGAAUCAGUUGAUCAGAUGCUGCGUCAACUGCAACAGGCAAAGGAACUUGGUGCCGACCUUGUUGAGAUUCGGUUGGACUACAUCAAGAACUUCAGUCCAAGACAAGAUCUCGAAACUUUGAUUAAGCGCAGCCCUUUGCCAACACUUGUCACUUACAGGCCAAAAUGGGAAGGUGGUCAGUAUGAAGGUGAUGAAAAGAAGCGACAAGAGGCACUCAUUUUGGCCAUGGAAUUGGGUGCAGAUUAUAUUGAUGUUGAACUAAAGGUAGCAAAUGACUUCUACAGUUCUAUUCAAGGGAAGAAGCCAGAAAGGGUCAAAAUCAUAGUCUCUUCCCACAACUAUGAGAGUACUCCAUCCGCUGAGGAAAUUGGCAAUCUUGUUGCAACAAUACAAGCUACAGGAGCUGACAUAGUCAAGGUCGCAACAACUGCCUUGGACAUCACGGACAACGCAAGUAUAUUUCAAGUACUAGCUCGUUCUCAAGUCCCAAUGAUAGGGCUUGUGAUGGGAGAUAAGGGUUUGAUCUCUCGUGUCCUUAGUGCAAAAUAUGGGUCAUUUGCAACAUUUGGUACACUAGUGGCGGGUGAGGUAUCAGCUCCUGGCCAGCCAACUGUAACGGAUUUGUUGGAGUUAUACAAUUUCAGGCAGAUUGGAGCCGAUACCAAAGUGCAUGGUGUGAUAGGAAAUCCUAUUGGUCACAGCAAAAGUCCUCAUCUAUACAAUGCAGCAUUUAAAGCAAAUAACUUCAAUGGAAUUUAUUUGCCAUUGUUGGUUGAUAGUGUUGCAAACUUUAUCAAUACCUAUAACUCCCCUGAUUGGGUUGGAUACAGUUACACAAUUCCUCACAAAGAAGCUGGAUUCAAAUGUUGUGAUGAGAUCGAUCCAAAUGCUCUGGCAAUAGGAGCUAUUAGUUGCAUGAUCAGGAACCCAACUGAUGGGAAGUUAAAGGGCUACAAUGUUGACUAUCUUGGAGCAAUUGCAGCUAUUGAGGAAGGACUUCGAGGAUUAGGAUUGAACGGUUCAAAUAAUGGAUCUGGUUCCCCAUUAGCUGGUAGGUUAUUUGUGGUCAUGGGAGCUGGUGGUGCUGGAAAGGCACUGGCAUAUGGUGGAAAACAAAAGGGAGCAAGAGUUGUUGUUGCCAAUCGCUCAUUUGACAAAGCCAAGAUACUAGCGGACAAAGUUGGAGGAGAAGCUAUUACUCUUGCUGAGUUGGAGAACUUCCAUCCAGAGGAUGGUAUGGUUCUUGCAAAUACCACAUCUGUUGGAAUGAAACCUAAAACUGAUCAAACACCCAUCCCAAAGGAAGCUCUUAAAAACUACUGUCUGGUAUUUGAUGCCAUUUACACACCUAAAUGGACCAGACUCUUGACCGAAGCACAAGAGUCUGGAGCAGCCGUGGUUUUUGGGACAGAAAUGUUCCUUAACCAAGCAUUUGUACAGGUUGAAAAGUUUUCUGGUAUACCUGCAAAUAAGCAACUGAUCAGGGAUACAUUGGCAAGAAACACAUGAUGAACUUGUCUCCAAUUUCAUGCUGCAGCUUAUCCUCUGCUUUCCAGUUGCAUCUUAGUUAUGAUAUAUGCAAGUAGCUGUUCAUUUGUCAUGUUGUACCAAUAAAUUUCUGAUUUCACUUAUGGAAUAUCUUGUGAACAUGAAUGUCGAAAUUUUUUGAAUUUACUCUUAGGCCGUAAAUAUUUGGCCAGACAAGGUCAUUCCACGUGAAGAAAGUUUUGUAGCCAACCCAGAGCUUGUGGAUAAUACUUUUAAGUCGGAAUACUGCAGUAGUUUCGGCAAUAUAAUGCAGUAGUUUUGGUGUCUAGUCCAUAAAAUUGAACCAUCUCAAUGUAAUGAAUUCGGAAGAAACUGGAACAUCUACUGUAAAUGAUCCCUAAAUGGUAUGAAAACUUGCGAGCAUAUUUUACCAG